UCCGGAUCCGCAAUACGGUGCCUAAGCACGCAAGUCCAAACAACGCGUUUUCCUCAAAGGUCCAACCCAAGCCAACGAAAACAUCCAUCCUAGGCAAUCUCACGAUUUCUGAUCCGCGAUCGCAAGGGAAAGUUUUCUAAUUGUGCGUCGCAAUCUUAGCUGACGGCCCCCAAAGAACCAAACCUUGGAUGGGCUUCCCAACAGCUGGGGCUGGAGUAUGACCUCACGAGUCUGAUCUGCCGGACAUCAUAGAACCUCAGAAACAAGCUCCUCUACUUGAUCAUAGAGCUGCGUCGCUCUAUUAUACUCAUGUCACAGCCAUGGGACUACAUCGCUAAGCUCGUCUGCAUUGGCGACUCUGGAACUGGGAAAUCCAGCUUAACAAUUCGACUCUGUGAAGGUCGCUUCUCAUCCUCCCACGAUGUCACGAUCGGCGUGGAGUUUGGUUCGCGCAUCGUCCCAGUUGGCCCGCCCGCAUCAAAAAGUCUUGAACUGAGACUAGACUCCCAUGCUCGAAGAUCUCCAACAUCAUCGUCUGUUUCGUCACCUCCUUCCCAGACAUCCGCCGCUGCUUCGGGACAAUCUGCUGUCACUGGACUGCCCAGUCCUCCGCGCAAGGUCGUCGAGUGUCAAAAGAGAAUGAAACUCUCUCUCUGGGAUACGGCUGGUCAAGAAACAUACAAAUCCAUAACCCGUUCUUACUUCCGCGGUGCUUCUGGUGCACUUUUAGUCUUCGACAUCACCAGGCCUUCCACUUUCUUAUCUUGUACACAGUGGCUUCAGGAUCUACGGCAAAUCGCCGAAGACGGAAUUGUGAUUAUUUUGGUUGGAAACAAGAGCGAUCUGGCAGAUGACGGUUCGACCUCGAAUCAGAGAAGGGUGACCAGGCAGGAAGCCGAAGAGUGGUGCCGCCAGAAUAAUGUUGCAAAUUAUGUUGAAACUAGUGCAAAAUCUGGCGAUAACGUCGAAUGUGCGUUUCUCGAGGUAGCUGACAUGAUCUACCACAAUAUUGAAGCCGGUAAAUACGACCUACACGAUCGCCGCAGCGGCGUCAAGGGCUUUGGCGCUACCGGUGGACCGAAUCGUGGCGCCCCUAGGACCGUUACCCUGGGCCUGAACGAUGCAAUGCGCACCAGUGGAAAUGGUGUCGUUGGUGGUUGUUGCUAAUGGCUAUACGGGUACCAUCUGGACAACCAACUAGGCGGGUCGUGUGACUUACACAAUAAAAGCUCAUUCUCACACCUGACUAUUCUAAUUUCUAAACAAGCAGGGGAAAGUAGCUCAGCCACGUAUUCUACAUGUCUGGCAAACUACAUCCACAAACAAAAGAACAGAUUGCUCAAGGAUCUCCAAGAGACCUGAGACGGAAGGAGGCUUCUCCCAUGAAUUGUGGUUAAAUACAACAUAGAUUCGGUUGCUC